AGAUAUAUUCUUCUAUUUGCGGGUAUCAGCUUCUACAGAGCUUUUAGCAUUAAGAGUGUUUUUUAUAAUGGCUGGGGGAUCAAAGAAGACUAAAAGAGCAAGACUUGAUGACAGUGAAUCGGAAGACAUAAGCGACCAAGAAAACCUUAAGGUCGAAAGCGACAAUGAAGAUGAUCAAUUACCUGAUGGGAUAGAGGAUGAUGAAGUAGAUAGCAUGGAAGAUGACGAGGGAGAGAGUGAGGAAGAUGAUGAAGGAGAUAGCGAGGAAUAUGAUGAAGGAGAUAACAAGGAAGACGAGGAUGGAGAAAGCGAGGACUUUGAAGGUAAUGUUGACAAUAAAGAUGCUCAGAUGGAAGAGCUUGAGAAAGAGUACAUGGAGCUUCGUUCACAAGAACAGGAUAUAUUGAAGAACUUGAAGCGUGAUAAGGGUGAAGAUGCUGUUAAAGGUCAAGCGGUGAAGAAUCAGAAGGCUCUUUGGGAUAAAACUCUGGAGUUCAGAUUCUUACUUCAGAAAGCAUUUGAUCGUUCAAACAGAUUGCCACAGGAGCCUGUGAAAUCGUAUUUUUGUUCGGAAGAUGAGGAUGUCUCAGCAGCAUAUACAGAUCUAGUUACGUCAUCUAAGAAGACAUUAGAUUCCCUCUUGGAGUUGCAAGAGGCUUUGUUUGAGAAGAACCCCUCGGUUGAUCAACAAGGGAAUGCAACAGCUAGUGCAGAAUCCAAGAAAUCAGAUGCAGAAGAUAGCGAUGAAUGGCAGCGAAUAUCUGACUUGCAGAAAAGAAUGUCUGUGUUCCGAAACAAGGCUGUGGACAAAUGGCAGAGAAGAACGCAAGUUACAACUGGUGCAGCUGCUAUUAAAGGAAAGCUCCACGCCUUUAACCAGAACGUUAGUGAACAGGUUGCUUCCUACAUGAGGGAUCCAAGUAGAAUGAUUAAACAAAUGCAACAAUCAAGAUCUACUGUAGCUGUUUUUGGAACUGUCCCUCGGGAGGCCAUAGAACCAAUUCCAGAGGAAAAACAACAAGAAGGAGACCCUGAACUUGUGGAAGAUGCUGAGUUCUAUCGGCAGUUACUAAAGGAGUUUCUUGAGACCAUCGAUCCAGCUUCCUCGGAAGCGGCUUUCUACGAGAUGAAGAAGUUUCAGACGAAGAAGAGGAAAAUUGUGGAUCGACGUGCCUCUAAGAGCAGAAAGAUCAGGUAUAAUGUUCAUGAGAAGAUUGUCAACUUCAUGGCUCCACGACCAGCAAAGAUUCCUCCAAACACUGCGGAUUUGCUGAAGAAUCUCUUCGGUCUCAAGACCAGAAACGUUCAGUCUGAAGCUUAAUACAAACCGCAAUUUUGAAACGCAGCAAUAGAUCGACAUUUUUUGGGCUGUUGUAAAACUUGUAAUACUAUCGACAUCGCUUCUUAUUCAAAGCCAGAUUUGAAAAGCAUCAAGUUAAUUAUUUGUUAAAAUCCAAAUCAAAUUUUGACUAACAG